ACAGUACAAUCAGUGCAUUUAACGCCGUUUAAGAAUUAACACACAUGGAAAACUGCUGGAAAAUCUCUGCAACAUCUAUGGGGAGAGGGGAAAAAGAAAGGGGGCAGAGUUAACGUUUCGAGUCCCUGUAUGACUAGUUUUCAGAAGGAGAAGUUUAGUGAAAGUGAACAUUGUUCAGUGAACAGUUAUUUGGAGUUGCUGAUUUCUUCAAUACGUGCCAUGUUUUUAAUAAAUGCCAUACCAGGGAUAAAAUUCCUAAGUUCUGUCUGAGAUUUGAGUAACAGGAUGGAUGUGAACUGCUGUAGAAUUUGAUCGCUCUCUACUUAAUCAUGUCUACAUUGGCAUUUCUGACAUAAAAUUAGAUUCAGCACGCGAACUCCCGCUGAAGGGAAAAUGUGUUAUGGGUUCUUGUUCAUAGGUGUAGCGAUUUAACGAAGGGAAGACAUCAUUUCAAAUGUUCUCAGCACCGAGAAUAUAAUUGCAGUGUCUAUUAAAGAUUCACUCAGAUCUGAGCGAACAGAGGCUCAAGUGUUUAUGUUCGAUGUCCCUUUAAGCGGUAUCCAGGCAACAUUGAAAUGGACACUGAAAGAUUAUCUUUGGUGGGGCCGCUAACAAAGUUACUGCAAGAGAGUUAUUUCCAGUUCUCUCCGCCGUUCCAGCUCCCACAUUCUGGAUGUUUGGGUUUAACUGUCUUUUCUCGUUUCCAGCGGGAAAUCCAGCUUCCCUCUACGAAAUGUCCAAGCGAAGCUCCAAUGUCAAAUCCAUCCAGGCGAACAUAAACAUCCCCAUGGGCGCCUUCCUGCCCGGAGCUGGACAUCCCCGCAAAAAAAAAGAGGGCACCUUAGAACCUGAUGAGGGGACAUGCAUUAAAUCAGAGGAAAAAAAAGAGCUGCCUGGAGCAGUGAAGUUACCAGGGCCAGCUGUCAACCUCAAGCAACUUCAGACUGCCAAGAGUGAGUUGAAAUUUGUCCCCAAGUUUGAAUAAAACUGAGUUGGGUUCAGAUUCAGAAAUGUCGAUAGCACUGACUUUCACUUUUGAUCCACCUCUGCUCCUGCAGAAUGGCAAUGGGUAUCUCAUAUGGCCCAACAAUUUAUACAGAUCUAUUGGUAUUGGUAAAAUAAACAUACCGUUGUAUAAUGGUUGUAUAAUGAAACUUUGCUACUGAUACUUCUGUUACUGUUAAAUCAGUGUUUGCCUGGCAUUUGUACUGUUUUCUUAAAAAUGUAAGUAUAAAAUAUUGUAUUAUAAAAUAACUACAAUUUAUUAAACAAUAAAUCUUAUUAAUUCAAA